AUGGCACCAUCGCGAUGUAUUCGUUCUUGCGCUACUUGGCCGUCCUCAAAACGUUCACAUAUUUUGAAUUCGAACCUCUUUUCCUGGGUCCGUCGAAUCUCACGACAAGAACUUCGCGAGUUCUUCGACGACUCUGGGUCAAUGUCGAGCAGGAAGAUUCCUACUGACGAAGUCAACCGACGCAUUUUUGAGAACGAAUUCAUUUGCUUUCCCCAUGAUCACAGGGUUGGGUUCACCGCUAAUCAGUUGGACGUGAACCGCCCGGUGGAAGACCGGUGGUCGGCGUACCGACUGGGUGGAACGAUGUCCUUCAGCGUGCAAGAGGGCUUUUACGACUCUUUGCAUCCGCUGGCUCGCUACACGUCGGAGUUCGCGGGGGGUCACCUCUUUACCGUGGUUGACGGCCAUGCAGGUCAUACGUGCGCACACGCGGUGAAUAUGCUGCACGCAGACUACAUUACCGCAAACUUGCUGCCACACCACCUCCUCGCUCCUCUGCACGCUGCUCUCAGACGCCAGAGCCUGCCUCACGCGCCGCCGCAGGCCUCCGAAUUGGCCCAACCCUACCUCCUCGAUCCAGCGGCUGUGAUGACCUCGGAGGUAAGUGGGGGAGGGUCAGGGGGGACUGGGGCAGCCGGUGCAGCCUCAGCCACUACGUCCACCGGGCCUUUCGGUAACACCGGUAGGCAUAGCAACUGGCGUCUCUGGGGCAAAUGGGGACCGUUGGACGCGGAGGUUAACCAGCGACGUCUCUUCAACAUCCACCGCUUUUUGGAAGAGCGAAUUCUCACAACUGAUCGGGAGGCUCCUGCCGACUGCGUGUUGCGCGCCAACGGCAACGUCUACGAUGCUGAGGGCUUCCUGGUUUCCGAGGCCAAGGAGUUUGCACCCUCAGAACUGGAAACGGUGCUGGAGACGGCCUCGUGCCUUCGUGCCGCUCUCACGCGCAUGGACAGCGACAUCACGAGUGAUGCGGUGCCGCACCCCAAGCAGGGCCUCAACAAGGCCCUCCUUCGCAUCGUCCUCUCCGGUUGUGUCUCCACCUCCGUCUUUCUUCCCCACGACCUCACCUCUCUCUAUAUCCUACAGGUGGGUGACUGCGGCGCGGUAAUGGGUAGGUACGUGGGUGAGGCCGCACUGAAUACAGCAGAGGGGACACCCGAAGUGGCGCAGGAGGAGGAGGAAGAGGAGGAGGACCCAUCCCAGACACGAUCGAGGAAGAUAAAGCCCGCGGACUGGGAUGCAGAGCUGUUGGUGCCUCCUCACAACGCGCAGAACGUUCGCGAGGUGGAGCGUCUCCAUUCCCAACAUCCCACUCAUGAGUCCUCGCUCAUGAUUUCUGAGAAUCGGUUGCUCUGCGAGUUGAUACCACUACGAGCGUUCGGUGAUAUUCGCUACAAAAUGCCGGCGAAAGUGCUGCGUGGCAUAGCACGACUCUGUGGCCUGCCGCCGAGUUACCCUGUGACGCCACGCUUCUACAUCAGUCCACCGUACCUCUUCGCUACGCCUCAGGUGGUGUGCCACCGCCUCAAUCCGACGCGCGACCGCUUUGUCAUCCUCGCAUCAGAUGGACUCUGGGAUAUGCUCACGCCCAAGCAGGCCGUCAGCGUGGUCGCUCAACACUACCUCGACUACCACGGAGAUCCCUCACUGGCGGGACCACGAGACACUGCAGCCAGCCGACUUAUUCGUACUGCCCUAGGUGGACGAGAGAUGGACCCGGCGCGAAUCGCAAUGCACCUGUCUGUUCCCGCUAACGUGGCACGCUUUUAUCGCGACGACAUAACUGUUCAGGUCAUCUACCCCACUCCCUAG